GUCCGAUGUUGAACCUGAGAGGCGUGAUUGAGGACAAAGUUCCUCGUUUUCACUUCCCGUUUCACCUCACUUCUAGAAAAGUUCACGAAAAGUCACCCAGCUCUGAUUUUGAGGAUGAAACAGCGCACCGUCAACAGCCACCAUUUUAUACUUGGCCACUUGAAAAACAUGGCGACUCUUACGAACUAGCUCGCUGUCUUUUUUUUAUUCGUCACUGUCUGGACGGUAACACACGGAGAACAUGCCCCAGUCGUCGAAGAUGAGGAAGCCCGACGUGAAGGUGGUCCUGCUGGGAGACAUGAAUGUGGGCAAGACGUCGCUGCUCCACAGGUACACGGAGCGGAAGUUCACAGACACCAUCAGCACGGUCGGAGGGGCGUUCUUUCUCAAACAGUGGGGACCUUACAACGUAUCCAUAUGGGACACUGCAGGCAGGGAACAGUUCCACGGUUUGGGCUCCAUGUAUUGUCGUGGCGCCGCCGCCGUCAUCCUGACCUACGACGUCACAAACUGGCAGAGCCUUGCCGAGCUGGAGGAGCGCUUCCUGUCCCUGACGGACACUGCCAACCACGACUGCAUCUACGCCGUAGUAGGCAACAAGGCAGACCUCACGGACAAUACAGCUCAGCUGUGUCAAGAGGAGGAGCCGACGGAAUUCCAGGAGGACCAAUCGGAGGCCCUGUCUGCCUGCCCCACACCUCCUGCCUCGCCCCUGUUCUUCCCAGGCGUCACGCUCCAGAAGCAGGUUAGCCGCGAGGACGCCGUGGCCUUCUACGGGAGAAUUCUUCGCUACAAGGGCGUGGACGAGAGGAGCAGCCUGCCAGGAGAGAAGAUGUGCUUCGAAACCAGCGCCAAGACGGGCUACAACGUGGACGCUGUGUUCGAAACACUGUUUGACCUGUUGCUGCCAUCCAUGCUUAGGAAGAGGAACGAGAACAAGGAGUCUUCCACCGUGGACUUGCAAGAGUGCAGGGGCAAGCGGGGCCACCUGUCCUGCUGCUAGGACCCCUCAGGUUUUAACGACUGAUGCUACCACUUAAGUAUACGCGGUAAAGGAGAAACCCCAACACUGUGAAGCCAGACGACAACCAAAGAUGUCUGCUGCCACCAAGACACUUUAGCACCAUCUGGUCAUCUUUUUCAAAGCUUGCAGCAUUCAUCGUCCUGCAGGUGGCACUUUGCACUAUUUGAUACAUUUAAUAAUACUUUCAUUCAUCACAUGAAACGUCCUGUGACCUGCGUUGAUAUGUACUAUAUAUUAUGUUAACGGCACAGACAAACCCUGCUUGAAUAUGACUAAAUAAAGAUUUUUAUUUUGCAGUUGGCGACAGUCUCCAUGAAAUGACAGCCCUUGGACUCAUUUGAUCAACUAUAAUAAGAUAAUCAUGGAUGUAUUUGUAUUACUGUAUGUUUAAUACCACAUCGACCUGAAUAGCAGGCAACAAAAAAUAUGUUGUAAUGUUUUCAAAAUCAGCAAAUCCUCUUAACUGGCUGACGGUUCACCGACUUAUCUGGAAAUUAAACACUGCUGACAUGCUAACAAA